CCCUUGCCUUCGGUGUAUCACACCAAAUGGUGUAACGACGUUUUCCCCAAGAAUGAUUGUUUUCCCACAAUGACACAGUAACUGGAUGUUUGGCCAUUUCAACAACUGGGCUUGACAAUUAUUAGAGAACUUGUCGAUCCAAACAUCAUGAUCAGAGUAGCAGUUAUUGGUGGCGGACCUGCCGGUUUGUGUGCUGCAAGGUAUCUAGGCGCUAAGCCCGAUGUAUUCAAGUUCGUCGUCUACGAGCAGACAGAUGACAUAGGAGGCGCUUGGGUUUACACGGAUGAAGUAGGCACCAAUAAAUAUGGCCAGCCUGUUCAGUCAAGCAUGUACAGCAACCUCAGGACAAACUUACCCAAGCAAGUGAUGAUGUUCCCAGAUCUUCCCAUAGAUGAGGGCGGUAAAACCUCAUUCAUUACACACUUUGAAGUCCUCCAGUAUCUUAAGCGAUAUGCAACAACUUCCAAUGUAUACGACAAGUUGAAGCUGCUGACGAGAGUAGAGUCUGUGAAACCGGUCACCAGUGACAACAAGACAUCAUGGGAAGUCAUUGUAAAGAGUUUGGACAACCCAGACGCUGCACCCCAGGUCAACCAAUUCGAUGCUGUGAUGGUCUGUAAUGGCCACUAUGCUGUGCCAAGGUUCCCCGAUAUUCCCGGUGUGGACUCCUUUACCGGUAAGCUGCUUCAUAGCCACGACUACCGGCAUCCCGAAGAUUUCAAUGGGAAGACUCUACUGAUGUUGGGUGCUGGAAAUUCUGGUCGAGAUAUUGCUAUGAAUCUUUGCCCCAAUGUAAAGAAAAUAUAUCUCAGUCAUCUUCACCCAGCUAUUGAGUGUCCGCUGCCUGAUAAUCUUAUACAGGUACCUGAUAUAAAACAUGUUGAGGAGGAGACAGUUGUAUUCACAGAUGGCCGGAGUGUCAAGGCAGACGUCAUCAUGUUGUGUACCGGUUACGAGUACACCUUUCCAUUCUUGAAACCAGAAUGCGAAGUCGAGGUUGACAGAAACCGUGUCACACCUCUCUAUAGACAUAUCAUUCACACACAGUUCCCUUCCCUCUCCUUCAUUGGUAUACCAUGGAAAGUCUGCCCCUUCCCGCAGAUAAGUUGUCAAGUACGUUUUGCCAUGGCCGCCCUAGACGGCACAAUGAAACUGCCCAGUCAAACUGAAAUGAACGCCGACAUCCAAAAGGACUACGACCAACGGCGUAACAAGUGGAAAAUGCCCCACCGCUAUGCUCACAUGAUGGGUGGGCUGCAGUGGGACUACAACAAGGAGUUACUCCAGUUGGCUGGUGUGGAUGAUGAUAUCCCACCAGCCAUUAUAAAACUGUAUGAAAAAGUAAGUCAAGUUAGGUCAGCGGACCUCAUGAACUACAAGAAACAUAAUUUUGAGCUGACCAACAACAUGGAAGAUUGGAGAAGCAUCGAGUCAGCAAUGUAAUUAAAAAUUGUAUCAUUGAUGUAAAAUGAUAAAUGCAAAAACAAACUGUUUAAAACUUUCAAUCCUUCAGGUAUUGUGCUCCUUCCGUAGUUUAGUACUUCCAGCUCUAUAGCUGACUUUUCUGGAAGCAAUGUAACACCUCAUUCCCCCAUUGCACAAUUUUUAUGACAGGAUUUUAAUAUUUUUGAUAAGAUUUUAUAUUGUUGAUGAGAUUUUUAAGUCAUUGCGAAUCCUUUGUGAUUUGCAAGUGAAAGACUUAUAGUUCCUUGCUGUGCUGAAAGACUGAAACAGCUUGAUGUCCAUUGGCUCUAGGUUUUUUUGUGGACAGAACAAAAAUUAUUGAUUCAUUCUUAGAUGACUCUUAGGAUUGGUCAAAGCCAUAGGUGUCCAGUGUGUUGUUUCUGUGUUAUGCGCUUAUUAAGAGCCCAGUACAACUGGUUGAUGGGAAUGGGUUUGUCACAUUGUUUUUGACAGUAGCUGCUGAAUGUGUCGCAGCAUCUUGCAACAGAUCGCCGCUAUUAUUUUCAAAUAGUAUUUUACUGCAUAGUUUACCCUUUUUGAAGUAUCUGCAGGCAUGAUAUUCUGAUUUCAGAUUUGUUUGCCCUUUGUUAAAGGCAGUGGACACUAUUGGUAAUUACUCAA